AUGUUAGUAAUAUUUAUCAUACACUUGUGUGUACAAUUAGUAAUUUCUCAAGCGCCGGAAGAUUUAAAAAAUGAAAGUGGUGUCGUUGGAGAAGUAGUUAACUUUAAAAGCGUAGUAGCAAAAGGAGGUGUAUCAACAUCUCUAUUGACAAUAGUACCAAAUUCCUCUAGUAAAUCCUCAAUACUGUUUUUGGGUGAUAAAAACUACUCAAUGGGUGUUGAUUCUGUUGGUAAUUUUUCAUUUAACGCCCAAAAUACUCCAAUGCUUAUAAUAGACAAUAAUCAGACAAUUUCAAUGCAUAUGCCUACUUUUUCAGCAAAGAAUAUGGAACUUGGAGGCGACCUUAUCAUACAAAAUGUGCCUCAAUUUAGAAUGAUUUGGAGAGAAGACUUUUCAGAAGCGAAAGGCUGGAAAGGAACAGUUGGGAAAGUUGGAGUUUCAAAUUGCUCUGGUGUUCAAAUGUUAGGAGGUUUCAACUUCUUUUCAAGAGGAUUUGUAGAAAAAACUUUUAUUGAGUUGCCAUCGCAUAAAGAACUUAGAAUUAGAGCUAAUUAUCACUUCAUCGACCGAUGGGUUGGUGAGACUGGGUAUAUGAAAAUCAGCAUGUCUGAUGGUUUAAUGGAAUAUGUUUGGACUGAAAGACACUUUCAUCAGGAGGGGAAUACAAUUAACAUUUGCGGAGAUGAAACUGGGGAUGACAAGUUUUCAACACUGAUAGAUGUAACAAUAGUUCACGACUCGGAAAGAUUCACGAUUUUGUUUGGGUCAACUUUAAUUGGGGACGCAUCAAAACAGUCUUGGGGUAUAUCAGGACUUGAAAUUUACAUAAGAUAAUUGCUCUAAUAUACUAUACUAA